AUGGUUGACAUAUCGUCUGAGGUACCCCUUAUCUUAAGCACCCGAACUUCCUUAAAAGCUAUUUCCCUCAAUUAUUGCAAUCUAUUGGGUGAAUUCCCAGCAAAUAUUUUCCAACUACCAAAUCUUGAAGUAGUUUCAUUGAAUUUCAAUCCAAAAUUAGGAGGAUAUCUUCCUGAAUUUCAUUCUAAUAGUCCUCUUCGUAUUAUAAGUAUUGAUGCAACAAAAUUUUCAGGAGAGUUGCCAGCUUCGCUUGGAAAUCUUGUUUCUUUAACUAUACUAGACCUACAAGAUUGUGAAUUCUUUGGAAAAAUCCCAUCUUCAAUAGGUCUAUCAAACAUGAUAAAUGUUGGAAAUGCUAAAACAUUGAAAUCUUGGUUGCCUAAGCUAAACUCGCUCACUCAACUACGCCUUAGUAACAUGAAUUUAGGCAAUGACAUACUACUUGUUCUAUCUAACUUUACUAGACUCACUUCUUUAGAUCUUAGCAACAACUUGCUAACAGCCUCAUUGCCAAGUUGGCUUAUGAAUCUAACCAAAUUAGAAACUUUAGAGCUUUAUGGUAAUCAGCUAGAAGCGUUGUCCGGUAUUAGCCUAACAUUUUCUCCUGAUGUAAGCACCAAUUCGUCUCUUUCGAAGUUUGACAUUUUGGGUCUUCAAUCAUGCAACUUGACCGAGUUCCCAAAGUUUCUACAUCAUCAAGAUGAGCUAAAGUUACUAUCACUAUGGGGAAACAACAUCACAGGUGAAAUUUCGCAAUGGUUUGUGGACACAACUAGAGAUAGUCUUGUGUUAUUAAACCUUUCUAAAAACCUUUUAACAGGUUUUGAACAUCCUGUAGUUUAUAUCCCAUGGGAUAAUCUGGUGUCCUUAGAUCUCAGUGAUAAUAAGUUGCGAGGGCCUCUUCCAAUUCCUCCAAGUUCGAUACAACUUUAUCAAGUCUCAACUAAUGAAUUCCAUGGAGUGAUUCCCAAUCAAAUAUGCCGUGCAACUUCUUUGGUCUACCUCGACUUAUCUCAAAACAAUCUUAUAGGCGAAAUUCCAAGUUGCAUUGGUCGUCAACUUAGUGGUUCUUUGCAAGUUUUGAACAUACGAGCCAAUAAAUUUGGUGGUGCCAUUCCUCAAACGUUCUCAAAAUCAUGUAAAUUAAACAUGAUUAAUUUAAGCCAAAAUGAAUUUGAAGGCAAGCUCCCAAAGUCAUUACUCAAUUGUAUGUUGCUUGAGGUACUUGAUGUCGGAAGAAAUCGUAUUAAUGAUACUUUUCCAUCAUGGUUAGGAAGUCUUCCCAAGUUGCAAGUUCUUGUCCUGAGGUAUAACAACUUCUACGGGAGGAUAACAACCUCAUUGCCUAGUCCGGGUCAUAAUUUUAAUUCGUUGCGUAUAAUUGACAUGUCUUAUAAUUUUUUUACUGGUAAAUUGACAUCUAGGUAUGUUCAUAGUUUGGUUGCAAUGACAAUUUCAAAUGAAAACUUGUCAAACUCAUCCAACUCCGUUUUUAGAUUAAAUUUUAGGUUUAAUGGCAGUGGCUAUGCAUUUUACGACGAGGCUUACAACUAUGUUAUCACCAUCACACAUAAGGGAAGCGAAACAUUUUACACAAAGAUAUUGACUGUAGUGCGAGUAAUUGAUAUUUCAAGCAAUAAGUUCACUGGUAGAAUUCCUAAGGUCGUUGGGGAUCUUGGAGGACUGCAAGCUCUUAAUUUAUCCAACAACAAUCUUGUUGGUGGUAUCCCAUCUUCUCUAGCUAACAUUACAAACCUCGAGUCUUUAGACCUCUCUCAAAACAUGCUUUCAAGAGUGAUCCCUCGAGAGUUGACAAGGCUAACCUUUCUUGGGAUCUUCAAUGUCUCACACAAUCGCCUUGUUGGACCAAUACCUCAAGGAGCACAAUUCAAUACUUUUGACAACAGCUCUUUUGCUGGGAACUUGGCAUUGUGCGGAGCUCCGUUGUCUCAGAAGUGCGAGAAAGACUCCAUGCCAUCACCACCACCACCACAACAGUUGACAAAUGAUGAGAUGAUUGAAGAGGACACAAAGUUGAUUGAUUGGAUCAUUAGAUCAUUGGGGUGUGUAAGUGGGUUUAUAAUAGGCUACGUCAUUGGGAAAAUCUAUGUAACUGAUCGACAUCAUGUUUGGUUUGUUGAGACUUUUGGAAGCAAAGGAAGGUCAAAGACAAGAGCUAAGAGAUCACAGAGGCAUAGGAGAAGUUAA